AUGCGGUCGGGCAUUGACGGUAACUUGGACCCGUCGUUGACCGAGUCGGUGACGGUGCCGCUGGACAUUGGGAGCGACUUUGAGAUGGAACAUGCCUGGGAGUUGCCCAAUUUGGUUAUGUUGGCGGAGGGAGUGGCAUUGAGUCGUGAUGAUCUGCAUGUGGGAAAGCUGCCGUCGUUGCCGGGCCAUUUUGAUGACAUGCCGUUUCAGUUGUGCUGA